UUAUUAUUAUUAUUUGUUGCUGUCCAGGAAAAGUAAACUUUUUGAAUCUUGUAUAUGGAGAUAGGAAGUGGUGGGGGGGGAGAGAGAGAACAUGGCUGUUGUUAGUUUUACAGAUUUAGACUGUUGCCAAGAAUAGGACGACGGUUUCAGACAGUCUAGGGCUAAAAGACUUUGGAGGUUUUAAGACUCCGGCGUCGUGAGGACGCGGUUAAUGAAAUUAGGCAGGAGGCCCAAGCGACAUGCGCGGUGUUUUCACUCCGUCCCGACCCGCGCUCCGCACAGGCGCACAAGAGGCCGUCUCCCACCUCACGCGGCAGGAACGCGACGGCUUCUGGUUCCGGAGUCGCCGCGAGAUCCACAGGUUACAGCAGGAGAAGUUAGGGCAAGUUGGGACUCCUGCGAAGUUAAUCGCCAACUACUUGCGACGCCGGAAAAAAAAAAUAUUCGCAGCCGUGUAGUGAGUUCCUCGCAAGGAUGACGGUGACGAUACGCCUUACUUCUGCGGAACCUAAUAAACGUGGCUAAUCAGGGAUAAUGCAGUCCUCUUGUAACAGGAGACAGGUGCAGUUUUGCAAUUCAGCGUGCCUGUGAUUUGAACAGACCUGGGUCGUUCCGUAGUGCGUCUUGGACUGUCACUAGGAGAGCAUCCAGUAAAUGCGAUGCGCUUUUUCCACCUUUAUAGCAACCUAUGCGGUUUGCACGCAGAUCUCCACCUGCAUCCUGCAGGAGUCCGUGCAAUGUUAUAACCUGAGCUGUCCCAGCAGCCCAGCGAGUCUUGGGGGAUGAGAUAAGAAGAGAUUUCAGUCCAGGAGGACAGGCUGAGCGAGGGCACUUGGGUGCAGGCUGUCUGUGUCCGGAGGCUGAGGGCUCAGGAAUACUUGGGCUCAAGACAGCGAAACGGAGGCUUUGGCGUUGUAAAUAUUGUGGGGGUGCCCUCCACUAAAGACGUCCGGUGCAUGAAUGCCAUGUCCUUGCCGUCUCCGGUCCAAAUCAAGGAGGCCAAUGCGCACCUGGCCGCGGUGCACAGGCGGGUGUCGGAGCUGGAGAGGCGGCUGGAGGCGGCGGAGAACACGGUGCGGGAGCAGGCGGAGAGCCUGAUCCGGAAAGACGAGCAGCUCCGGGCCGCCACUCAGGAAAUCAGGGAGGCCAAGGAGAGGGAGAUCAGUUUCCUGCACGAGAAGCUGUGCAAGUCCGAGGAGACCAUCCAGAGGUUCCAGAACCUCGUGAAGGAGAAGGACGCUCUGAUCGGGCAGCUCAGACACCGCUGCCGGCUGCUGGACAACAUCUGCAAGAGCCGCCCCCUGCUGGACAACAUGCUCGCGCACAUGGCCGAGGCCGAGAGGCUGGGGCCCGUCGCGGGGCUCGGCGAGGCGGCCAGGAGCCCCCCGCUGGCGGACGGGGAGAUCAACUGCAGCCCUGAGCGGAUGGCCAACCACAGGGACUUCUCCCUCAGCGAGGACGACAUGGACGAGCAAGACCUGGAGGAGACGAUGUUCGGCACGACCGUAUAGUCGAGACUGCUGGCCCCAGACCGCCAGCCUGCCCUGCCAAACCAGGGCCCGAUCCAAAGCCCGACCCGGAAUACCUUAAGGAGACUAACUGAGCCAAGAGUGAUUGGGACAAGCAGAGGAACCAGACCAAAGGCCUUCAUCAGAGCUGCUUAAGGUGUGGCUCCACCCUUUACCUCUGUUGCUGGAUAGUUUUUAACCCCACAACAAUUUUAUAGUCAAAGAGCUAGCUGCAGGGUAGUCCUGCAGGGGGACAUGGAACAAGACUGCAAGACCUGCUGAGAACCUAGGACGGCAUAUUAAGGGAAGGCACCUGCUAAGAAGGUGACAGCUGGCCCUGAUCGUUCUGCUCCCUGGGUGGCACUUGCGCCGGGGGGGGGGCGACUCUUGUGAGAGUGUCUUGGCAGCGUGGGCUGUGUCGCCCGUCCCAGGUCAGAUUAAAGUGCCGGUUCGGGCGAAGAGCAGGCGGCUGAGGCCUCUGUGUGCCCCCCAACCAAGCUGUCCAGCUCUGUGCUCCCAAGUGGCCCAGUCAGGAAUGUUGUGUCGACACCAGAUUGGACAGCGCGAAGCAUCCUUUGAGCCUGCAUUUCUACAGAGAGUGGAGAUUCAAACUGGCGGAUCGCAAGUACAAACUGGGGGAAAAAUAAUCCAUCGUCACUGCAGCUCUGGGCCUCCUCGUUCGCGAUCUCUUCCGAUCCGAAGAGCAAGAGAAGGAACUGCAGGGGCUUGGAUCUCAUUACACUGGUGUAGGUUUUGCUGACGAGCAAUGUCAUUAGGCUCUGCCCAGGCCAUCGCAUUCUAUUUCUAUUUCAGUUUUAUUCCAGGCUUUUCUUAAUUCCCGUCAUCUGCUUUGAUCGUCGUUACGAAAGGAGUCCCACACCGAUGGCAAAGAUCUCCUCUGGGGCAGCGGUCCUCGCCUGCCUAGGGGAGCUCUGUGGCACGUCUGACGUGGAUUCCUGCCUCUCAGGUUUGUCAGAAGUUCGAGAGAUCCCCGAUAAAGCUGAACAAGCGUGGAAAACUGGAAUCGGCGGUGGUGACGGAUGGUAAUGCGUUCACCAGGUUUCAAAUUCCCGUGCUUAAAUUACAUCAAAAUGACAAAGACGUCCAUGUGUAACAUGGCACUGAUAUAGUACAUUGAUUUCCAGUGGCAUCGGUCUUGUUUUGGUCGUUUUUUGGAGGGAUUAGGUUUAAUAUAAUUAUAAGGCAUUAAGCUUUGGGGAAAUAUUUAAUUUCAGCAAGUAGGCUUUUUAUUUAGUGACUUUUUUAACAAUGCUUUUUCUGAAAUUGCGAUAUAUAAUCAAUAUAUAUUUUUAUGACAAUUAGUUAUUUUCACCUGUUUUGGAAAAUCCUGGAUGUAUAUUUGGAGCGAAUAAUUAAAUGUAAUAUAGAUGCUCUCACACACUUUAUUUAGAAGUAACACCCUUCAGGAUUGUAUUGGCAUUGAGAGCGGUUGCAUUGAAUUAUGGGUAUGAAUAUUAUUCUCCUCUGAUCACAGUGCUACAGCAGGUGCACGGUUUUACAGCUUCACAUUCUGCCUUUUUGCACACAGGAAGUCAAUCUUAGCAGUGUGAACAGCUGUUUCUUUAUUGGGACACACCACCCUGGCAUAGACAGAACGACGAAAAUGAAAAAGGCAGCAGGAUUUAAAUAUAUAUAUAUUGUUGGAGGAAGUGGCAGAAACUGAUUCCAUGCUGAAGAGUAGAAAGCAAGUUUUUGUCUGCUCAGUCUUCUCUUCAGGUGUGGAAGGUCUUUGAAAAAGGCUCAAUAGCUAAAACAUUGGGGUUUUUGUUUUUUCAUUUUUACUGUGGCAUUAACCUCUUCUUGUUCCAUUGCUUCCCACAGAUCGAUGCACUUCUAUACAGUAUGUAUUUAGGGUACUGUGACUUUAUUUAGAAUCAAUAUUUUGAAAGAAAAGGGGAACUGCUCAAGAAAUGUAUACUGCAUUUUUACCCAGCGAUCGCUGUAAGCUAUAAUUUACAGCUUUACUCUAGGUGCUAACAUACACCACAGGAUGAUGAAUGUAAGCAGAAAUGGAGGCUACAUAAUACUAGAUAAAUCCUUCCCAGUGGUCAGAACAUUAGCCCUGUCCCACUUGGCAGAAGUCACUUUCAGUCACUUGGUCACUUUUACGUGUCCUGUACAGGCAAGGAAAUAGGAAAGAAAAGACUGAUCGAACAUCUUUUUUUCUAUUAAUGUUAUUAAGAACCUUCAAUAUGAGUAGAUUCUAGGUUACAUGAAGUCCAAACUUCAGAGUACCCUUCUGGGCCUCUCAUCUCUUUCCUUGUUAAACUAGCUGGUGCCUUGUAAAUUCAUCCUUGAUUUCCUAUGGCAAAUGCUGCACAGUGUUCCCGCAGAUUUCUGAAAUUGGUGAGGGGAGGGCAGUAGUCUUCUCCUGAGGGAUCACAGAGUCCUCAGGGAACAGACAGAAAUCCCUGAGUUUGUUAGAGAUGGGGUCCCUGGUCUUGGGAGAGUUGCUCGGCAGAGAGGGGAUAAUGGAGAUUAGGAAAUUGAUUUUGCUUCUGAAAUUGAAAUAUCCAGUGCCUGAUUUGAAAAAAAAAAUGGAAGGUUCAUCACUUGAAAGAGAAACUGGGCUGGCUCAAGAUGACACUGUAG